AUGCCGGGCGCGCUGCCCGCGAGAGGCCGGGCCCUGCACAAGCCAGCCCGAAGCGCACAGAUUUUAAACCUUCUGCAAACAGCAGCGCGGCACGAUGGUCUCCUCACCUUCUCUUCUUCGUUCCUGCAGAGGAACCUGGAAGACGCCUUGCAAGCUCGUCGGAGGGAGAUGGAGGACUUCUUGCGGAGAAAGCAUGCGGUGCAGGAGGACAUCUGCAGCCUGACGAAGGUGUCUGGGGAGCUGCACUGCAAGAUCCGAGCAGAAUUCACCCGACUUCACCAGAUCCUGGAGGAAAAGGAGAGGGCUGUGUUGGCAGAGCUAGGCGAAGAGGAAGAGCAGUCACUGGCACAGCUGCACGGCGAUGUCCGACGGCUGGAGGAAGGGAUCUCGGAGCUGCAGAGGGACAUAGAGCACAUAGAGCAAACCCUAAGCAAGAUGGAAGAGGUAUCGUUGCCGGAGGUGGAGGGCCUGGAUAUCAGGCCCAUGGUGUGCGUCGAGACCCAGCCUGCCUUCAACCUGGAGCACUAUCGGGACAGCCACGAGGGCCCCUUGCAGUACAUCUUCUGGAGGCAGAUGCUGCGAUCCAUCUGCCCCGCUCCUGCUACACUCACCUUCGACCUCGAAUCUGCCCACCCCAACCUGAUCUUCUCCAGAGACUUGACUGCGGUGACAGAGAAAGACAGACCUCGGCUGGUCCGCCCCAGUCCCCGGCGCUUCCAGCAGUGCGUGAAUGUCCUGGGCUCGCAGGUGUUCGACAGCGGCCAGCACUACUGGGAGGUGUGGGUGGGCAGCAAAACCAAGUGGGACCUGGGGGUGGCUGCAGAGGCUGUGGACCGGGCAGCGAAGGUCAAGCUGUGCCCAGAGAACGGCUACUGGACACUUCGCCUGAGGAACAAGACAGAGUACUGUGCCACCACCACCCCGUGGGUGCGCCUGGCCCCACGGCGGCCGCCCCGGAAAGUGGGGGUCUUCCUGGACUGUCACGAGGGCACCGUGGCCUUCUUCGAUGCUGGGGACAUGUCUCACCUCUUCACCUUCCGGCAGGUCUCUGCAGAGAGAUACUGCCCCUUCUUCAGCACCUGCUUCAGUGAUGGGAAGGACAACAUGGAGCCCAUGCGCAUCUGCCACCUGGCCCUGUGAGGGCAGAGGGAGGAGAAGGGGGUGGUGUCCCAUGGGGGCCAUGGGGAUGCUGCCGUCAUGGCCAGGCUCCUGCGCUGUUUCUGGCUGCUGCCGUUUGAGGAGUCUCCUGCCGGAGGGAAGUGCCUGGCUCUGCGGGCUGCCCAGAGCCCGUGCGGUGGGCCGGGGUCCGGGCCUGUGCACAGCCACCUGGUGACAACAGCGAGGCUCUUCGCUGGCUCCUGGCAGAGAGAGAGCAGAUGAAUCUCAUCUCCUUUCUGGCUCUGCUCUCACGUUGCAGUGCCGUGGGCUGCAGAUCCGGCCCUGCGCUCUGGCUGACGCGUGUUGGAGAACAGCCUGUGAAAUCUGAAAGUUGCAGAGCUCGAUAACUGGAGCUGCCGGAGCUGUGGCCUCCACGCCGUGGCUCUUCUGCUCGUGAAGCCCGCAGAGGACAAGGAGAGCGUUUGCAGAGCGCCAGGACCCGUUAUCAGGUGCCUCCAAGGGCCAAGAACAUGAGCGAUGCCCGCGAGGGCCUGCAUCCAUCGUGUGCCACCGGGGUGGCCACGCAUGAAGGAUUUCUGAGCCCGGAUGAGGGGAUUUCCUCUGCUUGGAGCGCGUUUCCCGGGAGGCUGCAGGACCGCUCCCGGCAGAGGGAGCUCCGUGCUCGGCCAGAGCAUGGCCCGGGCCCCGCUGCACCUGGGAGGCCGCGGGACUGGGGCUCCCCCCCGCUCUAGCUGCGGUGCCACCAUUAAAGC